AUGCCCGCUUUACAAUCUAACUCACUCAUUGUCGUCACAGGCAUCACAGGCUACAUAGCGAGUCACGUUGGACUCGCGGCACUCCAGGCAGGACAUCGCGUGCGCGGUACCGUGCGCGAUCAGAAACGCGCUGAAGAGCUCAAGAAUGCAUAUGCGAAACAAGGAGUCGAUACUACCAAGCUCCAAUUCGUCGUCGUGGACGAUAUCACCAGCCAGGUACAGCUAGCAAACGCAAUCAAAGGUGCGGACGGCGUCGCCCAUGUCGCCUUGCCGGGAGAUAUCCUCGAGAGCUCGGACGACAUGCCGCAACAGGCAGUCAAGGCAGCUGUUGGGCUACUCCAAGCCUCUGUAAAUGAGCCGUCCAUAAAGCGCAUCGUGUUCACUUCCAGCUCGCUUGCGAGCUACCAGCCACCGGCCCUCCUCCCAGAGCCUGUAACGGAUAAGGAUUGGAACGACGCGACUCUGCAGGCUUGGGAGAAUGCCACAGCAGAGGACAAGACGAAGCCUGUGUGGGGAUUUGUACGCUACACGGCCGCGAAGAUUCUGUCUGAGAAGGUGGCGUGGACAUGGGUGGAAGAGAACAAGCCCCCCUUUGACAUUGUGACAAUACUGCCAAAUGCAAACUUUGGGCCUGUUCUUUACGGAGAGCCACGUUCAACCGCUGUCUGGAUCCAUUCCUUCUUGAAGGGAGAUAGUGAAUGGGCACAAUCCGUCGCAGCUCAGUGGUUCAUCGACGUCCGCGAUGACGGCCGUCUCCAUGUCACCGCAUUGACCAACCCCUCACUGAGCGGCAGGCGUAUAUGGGGCGUGGCGGAGCCUACCGGGUGGAACAAGAUCCUCGCUAUCCUGCGGAAGAACUUCCCAAGGGCCAACGUUGCGCCCGAUAUUGUCGGCGAGCAGGGUGAGCCCACUGAGCAGAAGAUCGAGAACACGGUGGCGACGGAGGCGUUGGGUGGCUGGAUCAGCUUGGAACAGUCGCUAGUUGACACGGGGAAGAGUGUUGGAUUUUGA